AUGCCUAAUUUGUCUUUGCCUUAUACUAAGUGGCCUCACUUAAAGGGACUUACCUUGGCUGAUCCUCAUUUUCAUACACCCCAACCGGUUGAAAUGUUAUUAGGAGCGGAUAUACUAUCCCACAUUUUAUUAAAUAACACUAUUACGGGUCCACCGGGUACACCUAUCGCUAUGAAUAGUGUGUUCGGUUAUUUACUGUUAGGGAAACUUACUUUCAAUACAAACAUUUCGACUCCACUCCAAGUUUGUUAUAGCUCGUUUGACAACGACAACUUACAAAGAUUUUGGGAGCUGGAGUCAGUACCAGAAAAGCGGAGUUACACUCCCGAUGAGGAAUUAUGCGAAUCCUUUUUUCGAAGAACGCAUAAUCGAGACCUCACAGGGCGAUACGUGGUCGCUCUGCCCUUCAAGGUCAACGCCCCGCCCCUCGGCGAAUCUAGACAAAUCGCAGUAGCACGUUUUCAUAAAUUGGAAUAUAGGUUAGAACGUAAUCCCCAGCUGAAGAUUGACUAUCACGCUUGCCUUCAGGAGUACAUUGACCUCAAUCAUAUGGAGCUCGUUGAUGAUAAGCCUUCAGUUGGUGCGAGUUACUAUAUCCCACACCAUUGUGUGAUUAAGCCUUCAAGCCAGACAACACGCACCCGAGUUGUUUUUGAUGCCGGCUGUCGUACGACCAGUGGGUACUCAUUAAAUGAUGUGCUGUUCUCGGGACCUAAACUUCACCUAGAUAUCGUAGGCGUUCUUUUAAAAUUUCGUGUUUAUCGUGUUGCUUUCUGUUCAGAUAUAAAACAGAUGUUUCGUAAUAUAUUGUUACGUGAAAGUGAUAGAGAUUUUCAGCGUAUUCUCUGGCGUCGAUCACCAGAGGAACCUUUACGUGACUAUAGACUUCGUACAGUCACCUUCGGCGUCAAUUGUUCUCCCUAUCUCGCACUUCGUACCAUCCGACAACUAGCUUGCGAUGAAGGCGAGCGUUUCAAACUGGCUGCAGCUGUUUUACUAAAUAAUGUCUUUGUUGAUGACGUCAUUACGGGCGCCGACAGCGAAGCCCAGGCUCUUCUACUUCAGCAGGAGCUGAUUGCUAUUUGCGCAACGGCUGGGUUCGAGCUACGCAAAUGGCAUAGCAACUCGCAAGCGGUUCUCGCCGCAGUCCAGCCCUCAGAGUUUCAUGGUGAGCGGUGUGAGAGUGUUCUUUUUUCAGAGAUGGAGGGUGAUAAAGGUGUGAAUGUCCUCGGAUUGCAGUGGAACCCCCGAGCAGACUCAUUUAGCUUCAAGGUUCAUGUUACUUCGCGCGAUUACACUAAGCGUGCUAUAUUAUCUGAAAUAGCAAAAAUAUACGACCCUCUCGGGUUAUUGUCGCCGGUAACAUUAUUUGCUAAGCAUUUAAUUCAGUUGAUGUGGUUAGCGAACAUUGGUUGGGACGAGCCCCCGCCUAUUGAUAUAUUAAAUUCAUGGACAAAUUUUACUAAAGAGCUACCGCUUUUAGCAUCGAUUUCUUUUCCCCGUUAUAUUUUUAAUACUGACGACUUAGACUCUAUUCAAAUACAUGGUUUUGCUGACGCGUCUCAAGUCGGUUACGCCGCAUGUGUUUAUAUACGUCAUGUAGGCAAGAGCGGUGAUUGUGAGACACAUUUAAUAAUGGCAAAAACUCGUGUCGCACCGUUGCGUGUAUGUCUUACUAUCCCUCGCCUUGAACUGAUGGCUGCGCUUUUGCUAUCAAAAUUAAUUGAAAAGGUAAACAACGUAUACGGAGACAAGAUCCGUUCCGGACACAUUGUAGCUUGGUCCGACUCUUCGGUCGUAUUGGCAUGGCUUCGUUCUUCUCCGCAUGAAUGGAAGACUUUUGUUUCUAACCGCGUCAGUGAGAUCUCGACCCGCGUACCCGCCAACUGCUGGCGUCACGUCCCGUCUGCUGACAAUCCCGCAGACGCGGCCUCUCGCGGCCUAUUGCCGGCAGCAUUAGUUAAGAGUGACUUGUGGUACCAUGGUCCCGCAUGGCUCCAACAAAGUUCCGACUCUUGGCCUAUACAAAAAACGAUCGUAAAUACAAGCGAAGAAAAGCGCAACAAUAAAGAACAUCUUGAUAGCGAUAUUGGAUUUUGUCGAGUCGCGAUAUCGUGCGCCAGCGCAUACAUCGCUGCGUACGGUGCUUCCGCGCGCGCCCCGUGCGUAUGCAACCGCGUAUGGGACAGCUCCCUGAAUCUAGACUACGUCCAACUCGUGCCUUUAAAAAGACGUCUGUAG